CAGUUUCAGUGUGUUAAGUAAACGCAUCAAUUAUCUAGAAGUUUUACGAUAAGUAUAGGAUUUACCUCCCUUGUCACACGUUUCAAGUAGAUAGGUUUACUUUCACUUUCGGAUUUCCCUGCAUGCUCUUUGAGUAGAACAAGGAAUAUGGCGCCUGUACGGCAAACUUGGACAAGGUUUAAGAACCUAAUAGGAAAAUUAAGGCCCCCACAGACUUUCUACCUUCCCCAGGGAAGUUUGUAAUUAGGAAAAAUAAAGGUGUUUUUGAAGAAAAACAAAGGUGUUGGACAUUACAGUAGAAAGUCUGUCGACAUGGACAGUAUGAAAUUAGGAGUGGAAGGCCCCCGCAUCCGAAAACUCGCAGAAAAGGCACAACCAAAUUAUCAACAAUUUGUUGGAUCAUCUAGCAGUACACUAUCUGUGUUACGUAGAGAAAUAGAUCAGAUCAUCACAGAGAUAGGCAAAGAGACAGAUCAAGGGCAAGACACUGAACAUUUAAGGCAAAAGCUUAUCAAGGCUAGAGAUUGUUAUGAACCUAAAGUAGAGAGAUUUAUGGGAUUUUUGGAGAGGACAAGAACGAGAGAGAGUUACAAUGAGUUGGCCUCCCAACAACUCAUAUCGAGAAGUGUUUUGGAUAGGAUAGACCUAACAAUUCAAGGCUUACAUCAACAAAAAACCGUGCAUACUUCAACUUCAGAUGAAAAGGUUUAUCAAACCUCUCCAUAUGUCACAGGACAUGAACAUAAAGUAAAGGAUGACGAGAAGGCUAAAACAAACAUAUCAAAAGGCUUAAAGGCUCCUUCGCAGGUGAUGUCAUUGAGGUCUAGGUCCCACCAUUCAAGUAGAACAUCAAGUUCAACAGCAACCUCAGUUUUGAUGAACCAGAGGGUUAAAACGGAAGCUGCAAGGGUAAGAUGGCAGUUUGCUGAGGAAGAAGCAGCUAUUCUUAGACAGCAAGCUGAACAGCAGAAAGAAAGUGAAGACAUUAAGGUACGUUUAAAAUUGCUUGAAUCAAAGAGGGAUUUAAAGGAGGCAGAGGCUGAACUCGGGGUAAUGAAGGACAUGGUUUUAUUUGACGACAAGUCUGAAGAUGGGGAUCUAAAAGUAAUAUCGGAACAGCGUACUGAACAGUAUGUAGCAGAUUUAUCUCCAGUGACACCUGAUCAGCAACCUGAGGAUACUGCCCAUACAUUUAGCUUACAAAGAACCCCAAAGACAUGGCCAGGAAUACCAUAUACCCCCUGA